CCGCCGACUUCAAUGGAGAGGUUGAAGCAUGUGGUGACCCAAAUAGCUAUCACUCCCGACUGCCGUCUCUCGGAGCUUCCCCUCCUCCACCGCUCCCUCCUCCCCCUCCUCUCUCUCGCCUCCUCCAUCUACCGCUUCUCCCUCUUUCUCCGCCGCCGCCUCUACUUCUCCGGCCUCGUUCACCAACGCCGGUUGCCAGUUCCUGUGAUAAGUGUCGGCAAUCUGACGUGGGGCGGAAAUGGGAAGACCCCUAUGGUUGAAUUCAUCGCACGUCUCUUGGACGAAGCAGGAAUUGGACCUCUUAUCCUUACCAGAGGUUAUUCAGGUGGUGAUGAGGCUAAAAUGCUUCAUAGACACCUUUUGCAGACUUCUGCAAGGAUUGGUGUAGGGGCAAACAGGAUUGCUACUGCUGCUUCCAUGUUUGAGAGACAUGGUUAUGUGAAUUCCUGCGACACACUGUCUGAGAAACUUUCAUCACCUUACAAAUCUGUAUCUGGUCCCAAAGAUGAAAGAAUUGGUGUUGUAAUUCUGGAUGAUGGAAUGCAGCAUUGGCGUGUGUUGCAUGAUGUGGAAAUUGUUAUGCUGAAUGGUUUGAUGCCAUGGGGGAACAACCACUUGCUUCCUCGUGGGCCAUUAAGGGAGUCACCAAGUGCACUUGUUCGAGCAGACAUAGUGGUGAUUCACCAUGCAGAUUUGGUAUGUGUACCUGAUACACAGCUUAGAAUGAUUGAAUCAACAGUGCACAACAUUGAUGCAACUCUUCCAGUUUUUCACUCUAGAAUGGCUCCUUCACAUUUUUUUGAAGUCAAAAAUCCUCAUUCCAGAUUGUCACCAAGGACAGUGCAAAACAUGGUUGUAUUAUGUGUUUCUGCAAUUGGCUUCCCAAAUGCCUUUGCACAGGCAAUUAGUAAGAUUGGGCCAUUGCAUGUUGAUAGGUUAGACUUCAGUGAUCAUCAUUUAAUUCAAGCUGAUGAUAUUGAAAUGAUCACAGAGAGGCUGGGAAGACUUAAGCAUGAAUUUAAUGUUGAAGCAAUUGUGGUGGUGACAGAGAAGGAUUAUGAUCGUGACCCAGUCAUUCUUAAACAGCUUUGCUGUCUAAAGGUUUUGGUCCUAUGUUCUUCUCUCCAAAUCAUGCCGCUCAGUGCAUGGACAAAGGAGAAUUUCAGAAUGAAUCUUAAGAAGCACCUUAUUGAUUCUCUCCAAGAAAUGAACAAGAAGUAGAUAUGGAUAGGAGACAUGAAUGUGUUGCAGUUUUUUGCUUUGACUGCUGCCUGGUUGAGCUCAAAAAAUCAUUGUCAUGUGGGAAGAUUUUGAAGGACUUUUGGCUUCGGUGACUGCACUUGAAAAGCAGUGAGUUUCUUUCAGAGAUGAUGUUUCAGCCUCUGACCAGUGCUUGGGGAGAUGGGGCUCCCAGGGCUGUGAUUAGCGCUAAAAUUUGGAGGGGACAACUGACCGGAUAUGUAUAGCAUGAUAUAGAGAAGGGAAGCUAAAAAUUAUGAAGAAAUUAAUAUCACAAUAUAAAAGUAAAGAGACAGAUAAGUUGAUUUAAUACUCAAACAUAUUUUUGGUUAUAGUGUAGUAAUGCUUUUAUUUUUCUCAAUAAAAGAUAACCAUUUGUUA